UGUUGCUAACCCCCACUCCCCAAAUUUUGAUUAAUUUUCCUUCAUCCUAUAGCUUUUGAUGCCUUGAAACUCAAUCCAUUACAGUACAAGAACACCAAACACUUGCUUAAACCCCACUUGAUUGCUUCACCUUCCUCUAUUCCUCUCUCUCCCUCUCCGUCACUCCUAACCCUCCCUAAUACUCUCAACUUAACUUGAUUCUCAAGCACACAUUUCUUUUGACCACUCUGUCAUUAUAUCACCCUAUUAAAUCGUUCAACUGUCUGAAAACCUCUCUAACCCUCUUGACUCCUCGAUCUCUUUCGAGGAAAUGGGUCGACAUUCUUGCUGCCUUAAGCAGAAGCUAAGGAAAGGGCUCUGGUCUCCUGAAGAAGACGAGAAGCUUUUCAAUCACAUUAUCAGAUUUGGAGUGGGAUGUUGGAGCUCUGUUCCUAAGCUAGCAGGAUUGCAGAGAUGUGGGAAAAGUUGCAGACUGAGGUGGAUAAAUUAUCUGAGGCCAGACCUCAAGAGAGGUACCUUCUCACAAGAAGAAGAGGAUAUCAUUAUUGGUCUCCAUGGUCUCUUGGGCAAUAGGUGGUCUCAGAUAGCAUCACAUUUGCCUGGAAGAACCGACAAUGAGAUCAAAAACUUCUGGAACUCGUGUCUGAAGAAAAAACUAAGGCAAAGAGGGAUAGACCCGAACACCCACAAGCCAUUAAAUGAUACAGAGCCAAAUGCAGAAAAGCCCCCCACUUCAGAUAGUUUACCGACAAAACAAGUGUUUGAUCCCUUCCCAGUAUUCGAAUUCCAAGCAAACCUCGAUACAAACGGGACUAUCCUUAACAGCUACAAUCAAUUUGAACAAAAUCUUAGUGCACCAGACUCGGGUUUUGUAGAUUACGGCAGUGUGCUGAAUUUCUCGGAGAAUUGUGGGUAUGGAGAUAGCUCAAGCAAUAGCAGCAAUUGGAAUGGUUUAGUUGGAAGUGAGGCUCUGAAUUGGACUCCAGAGAUUAAGGCUGAGAACGAGAAGCUGAGUCCAUGGGAAGGAGCAAAAGAGAACGGAUUGGGUUCUGAGGAUUUCAGUGGUUUCGAGAUGAGGACAGUGUGUCAUGAUCUUUGUGAGAAUUGGGAGUUCAGCAGAGACUUUGUUUAAGUAUAUCUGAGGCAUCUCUACUUUCAUUUCCUCCUCUGGUUACAGGAUGUAGACAGCAUUAGAAAGAGUUGGGCGGAAAAUAAUAGGUCUUUCUUUCUUCUUUUUCCCUGUUUUGUCCAUCUCAUUUUUGGCUUUCUUGUUUAAAUAUGUGAAUUUAUUAAUAAAGUUUUUUACUUA